CGGCGGGGACCGGGGCUGAGGUGGGGCUCGGGGCUGCGCUGCGGACAGCGGAGCCGCCUCAGCUCUGUGCCGGGCUCCUCGGGCUCAGUGCUCCUCGCCAGCUCACAGCUCCUCGCCAGCUCACAGCUGGGCCCUGCUCGGCUCAGCGCUUCUCACCAGGCCCAGCUCCCCAGGACCCAGCGCUUCCCACCAGCUCCAGGCCUCUCUUCCUGGGACUCAGUGCUCCUCACUCACCAGCUCCAGGACUGACUCCCUGCUCAGCAUUCCUCGCCAGCUCCAGGCCUGUCUUCCCAGGACUCAGCUCUUGAGGCUCAGCACUUCUUGCCAGCUUGCAGCCAGGCCUUGCCCAGCUCCCCAGGGCUCAGCACUGCCUGCUUAGCGCCAGUCCCGGCUUCCUCUGGGAUCAGUGCUCCCCACCAGCAUCAGGCCUCUCUCCCUAGGACUCGGUGCUCCUCGCCAGCUCCAGGCCCAGCUCCCUGGGCUCAGUGUUCCUCACCAGCUCCAGGCCCAUCUUCCUGGGAUUCAGCUACUGAGGCUCAGCGCUCCUCACCAGCUCACAGCCAAGCCCUGCUUGGUUCAGCGCUUCCCACCGGGCCCAGCUCCUGCUGCGCUCACUCAGCAGCAGACCCAGCUCCUGAAGACUCAGUGCUUCCCAAUAGCUCCAGGCCCAACUCCCUGGUUUCAGCAUUCCUCGACAGCUCCAGGCCUCUCUUCCUGGGACUCAGUGCUCCUCGCUUACCAGCACCAGGCCCAGCUCCCCGUGCUCAGCAUUCCUCACCAGCUCCAGGCCUGUCUUCCCAGGACUCGACUCCUGAGGCUCAGCGCUCCCCGCCAGCUCCAGGUCUGGCUCCCUGGGGCCUGCUCUUCUCUGCCACCAUGUCGGUCAACCCCAUGGCCUACGAGGCGCAGUUCUUCGGCUUCACCCCACAGACAUGUAUGCUGCGCAUCUACAUUGCAUUCCAGGACUACCUGUUUGAAGUGAUGCUGGUGGUUGAGAGUGUGAUCCUGAAGAAGCUGGACGGGAUUCCUGGCUGUAAAAUCAGCCCCUCUCAAAUCAGGAAAAGCACAGAGAAAUUCCUCCUCUUCAUGAAGGGUCACUUUGACAAACUCUUCAGCAAAAUGGAAGAAGUGCUUCUGCAGCUGGUGUUAAACAUCCCCGAGAAUGUGCUCCUUCCCGAGGACAAGGUCCACGAGCAAUAUUCCUAUAGCAAAGAGCAGUUCCAGGCACUCCAGGAUGAGACCCGCCAGCUGCAGGAGCAGUACCGAGCUGAGGCAUCCGCCGGGCAGGCUCUUCAAGCGGAGCUGGAGGAGCAGAAGGCUGUGCAGGCUGAGCUUGAGAAGAUCUUGCAGUGGUUCGAUGGGCUUGAGAAUAGCUGUCGGGAGCAUGGGACUGGCAACUUUAAAGAGAGCCUGGUGUUCUUGACACAGAAUUCCAAGAAACUGCAAGAGGUGCUGAAAGACGUUGAAGAGAAAAGCAAAAAAAUAAAGAAGCAUGAUCAGUUAUCAUAAUGGAAAUUCUGAAAAGGCAACAAAAAAUCAUUUAGACAGCUUGCUUAAAAUGGUAGCAGCUUCUCUUCAGAAGCUUCUCUGCUUCUGCCAGGAUCUGGACUAAAAUCUACUGAGGUGUGUCAAUCUGCACCUAUUUAGCACCUCCCGAGGGAAGCGUGGAGAGGAGAAAGCCAGCAAAAUGUAAAUGUAACUGAAACUGGUGACUGAGAGUAAAUUUGGAGUUGGGUAACUUUGCUGCGAGUAUCCCUCACACAAUGCAGCGGUUGUUUGUUUUGAUUAUUUUAAAACCAAUCCUGUAAGAACGUCCGAGUGAGUUUCCAGUUAGAUCCCAGUUCAGCCAAUGUUUCUGUGGGCAAGGACAUCCGGACUGAUACCCGCUUCCUGCUGGAGCCGAUUUGCACAGGCAGGGCCUUGUGGCGGCUGAGGAGCUCUUCACCAAGGUCUAAAAGCGAAAGGUGAGGAAUUCCAGAGGGCAAGACUGUCAUCGAGGCUCUGAUGAGAGAGAUCUCUUUGCCUCAGUACUGAAUUUCAACCCCAUUUCUGAAACGCUGGGGUCAGUUCCCACUCUGCCCGUGUUUGCAAACAGGCAGUUAGAGCUUCCUUUCAGUGAGGAGAGCAUCCUGCCCCAUGCAGCGACGGUCCAGAGCCCACUGCAGGAAAGGAGCCGCUCCAUCACUUUCCUCUCCUUUAACUCUUUGUUACCUUGUGUGUAUUUUCUGGUUUGUUUUUGUUGUCCAGUGGCAGCCUUUGCUGUUUGGCACAAGUUCAUUUUAUUUGUGUUUAAUCAGAUGUUGAAAGACUGACAGCUAUGCUGAGCUCUCUGGAGAAGCUAAUUCUCUCUGUACUUGAUUCCAAAUACAUUCCAGCCUGCCUGCACCUUUCUUUUGGCCUCCGCAGGUUCGGUAUCUCCUGUAGGGAUGUAUCAUGGAAGAUCAGCACUAACUUCUGCUUUACUGGCAUAGAUGUUUGAAAGACAUUAAACUUGUGAAUAAUUAGAAGUUACUACAAUAAAAAAGUGGA